CGUCAACUGUCACUUAAUUCACAGUUCAGACUCAGACGGAGUGAAACUACGGCCAUACGAUAAACCAAACAUUGAUAUUGGGUGGGUUAUUGCCAUUUUCUAGGGAGAUUAUGACUAUCGGGUUUGAAAUACCAGUAUUUGGUGCAAAUACUGCUUCCAAAGCCAUCGAAUUAGGGGCAUCACGCAUCGAGCUUAAUGCUUCAGGAUCAUACUCAGAUGGAGGAUUAACGCCAUCGCUCGAGGAGCUGAAAGGCUCUUCGCAUGUCAGAGUCCCAUUACGCGUUAUGAUCAGGCCCCGCGGUCCUCCGUCAGAACCCCAGGCCCGUGACUUCAUCUACUCCGACGCGGAGUUCGAGCAAAUGGAGGCUUCUAUCCAAAGGUUCAGGGACACAGGCCUAUUAGAUAGGGCGCGUGGCGAUGGCUUGGUUUUUGGAAUAUUGAAGGAGUCCCAGGAUGCUGCUGAGGCGGGUACUAGCAGGAGGAAAUGCUGGGUUGAUAAAGAGAGAUGCAACCGUCUGGUUAAAGCCGCUCGCCCAUUCAAAGCCGUAUUUCACCGCGCAUUCGACGAAAUAGUCAGCUGUGGUGAUGAUGCCGGGAUAGCUAUCGAUGAUCGCCAUGCUUGGCGGAUAGGGCUGGACGAUCUGGCGGCGUGUGGCUUCGACGCUAUACUCACAUCCGGUGGGCUCGGAAAUGCCAUCCAGAACGUAGCUAUGCUAGAUAGAAUCAUCACAAGAGCAGAGGUUCUUGGAAUUGAGAUCAUUGUUGGUGGUGGUGUUCGAAAACACAAUAUUCAGCAACUAUCUCAGCAGCUGAAGCUAAAAGAAAGGGGGUCAACGACAUAUGUCCAUUCAGCAUGUCUUUCUAGCACCGUAUCUGAGCGUGUUGACGACAAUGAAGUUAUUGGUAUCCUGUCAUAUUUGAAAUAGCAUAUAUGCCUCUCUACUUUUAGAUGAGGGUUUUUCUUUUUUUUUUUUUUUUUGAAUAUGGUUGCUUGGAUCUUCCGGUUAAUGAUAGGCGGGUGAAUAAAUACAGGUAGUUCC